GGCCGCUCCUACAGCAGCGUUUGCGCCCUCCACCUGCACAGCUGGCGCGCCGUCCACGCCGGCCGGGAGCGCGUCCGGAAGACCCACGACGGCGAGUGCAAGCUCGCUCCUGCUAUCGUUGUGCCACCCAAAUGGAUUCACAAUGUAACUGGAGCGCAGGUCUACCUCUCCUGUGAAGUCAAAGCAGUCCCCACUCCCAUCAUCACCUGGAAGAAGGUCACAGAAUCCCCAAAGGGAGUUAAGCUCCUAGAAGACUUGCCAGGAGACAGAGUCAACAUGGCCAUCCAGGUUCGAGGUGGCCCUUCGAAACACGAGAGCACAGGCUGGGUUUUGAUUAAUCCACUGACAAAGGAAGAUGAGGGUGUUUACCAGUGUCAUGCUACAAACAUGGUGGGAGAAACACAGGCAGAAGGAAACAUCAAGGUCCUAGAGCACAGUAAAAAUAAGAAGUCUCAUUUCCCAGGAUCAGAAGACAGGAAUUAGCAGCAAGGAAGAAGUGAUUUGACUACCUCUGAAGAGUCAGAGCGGAAGCACAGAUUAGAAACCAAUGAAUUAGUAAUUUGCUUUCUUACUUGCCGAGGACCAGGAAAAAAUGGCUCAAUAUUCUUGCUCUUGAUGGUCAGUUUUUACACCCUUUUCUAGAAUGCUAAUGAUUAUGGAUUGUGCUGUUAAUGUAACAAUUGCUCAAUAAAAGCAUGUUUUUAAAAAAAUA